AUGAUCAUCAUUCAGCGGCAAUAUCUGUAUACCAGCUUACGAACACUUGCAUUGGGAUCACUUGUACUUGCCAUGGUGUGCUCUGUUGCAUACAUUAUCCGGCCAUUGAGUAUACCUCCGCCUCCAGUGGAGUUAACGACGUCGUCAUCGACAACACCAGCCGUUGAAUCCAUGGAACAACAACAGCCUAUGGGUGAUUACUUUUUGGACAAAGCCUAUGUCACCAUCAUCCACAACGAGUUGGAGAUCAAUCCUGCCAAAGUAGCCAUGUAUUCAUUAUAUAAAACUCGUCCUCAAGCACGCAUGGUGGCUAUUGUUCCAGACACCUUUUCAGAGGACAAUGCAACCUCGCUUCAAUCGAUCGGCUUGGAUACCGUUGUUAUCAAGGCACCACCUUCUUCUUCUUCUUCUUCUUCGGCCCUUGUUGAUACUACGGCAAUAUGGAACGUUGUACCGGCGACGAUUGACAAAGUUGUAUACUUCUCCACCGAGAUCAUGUUUCAAAAGAAUGUGGAUCAUUAUUUUGGGUAUGUUGCACAUACCGUGCUCAAGAAGGAUAACGGGCCUGUAGGCUUAAAAGUCCUUGAACGAGGAGAACAAACAUCCUCCUUCUCCUCCAGCAGCUUGUUGUUAUCAGAAACAUUUCCUAUGGCAGAUCAGGAGGUGUUCUGGUUCCAUGGGCCAAUGAAACCAUGGAAUGCGCAUCACUAUCACGGCAUUGAUUGGCAGACCCAUUACAAUCCGCUUCCGUUUUACCAUUGGCGUCAUUUGCAUGAUGAAUUGGCCUUAAGCAUGGGUGAGACGCCACAAUGGAUCAACCAAGAUCGACGCCGCUUGGUGUGCGAUGAUGCGUCGUCAACGAUGAUGGUCCCCAAGAACAACAACGUUGAUCAAUUUACAGUCUUGUUGAGUACAUACAAUCCCGAACGUAUUCAGCACUUGCAACUUUUAAUUCAGCAUUUGCUACAAUCAACAAAAGUCCACAAAAUCUUUGUCACAUGGCACAACCCCCAUUUGGAUGUGCCCGAUGCUCUGUUGCAAAUGGGUGAACGGGUGACUAUCUUGCAACAAUCCUAUGAUUCCCUUAACAACCGAUUCAACCCGAUCAACGCCAUUGAAACGGAAGCCGUCUAUAUCAUCGAUGACGACGUCUUGGUCGAUAUACAAGACAUUGAAUUCACUUUUGAGGUUUGGCGUUUAAACAAAGAUAGCAUUGUGGGUCAUUUUCCUCGUCUCCAUGGAUACAACCCGGAAACACACAAGGGCUCCUAUCGAGUACCAAAGGAUGAUGAGGCAUACAGCAUGAUCCUUACCAAGAGCAUGUUUGCUCGUACCGAUUAUUUGUUUGCAUACACAUGUUUACUAGACAAGGAAUUACAUCAUAUCAUUGAUGAGCGGACCAAUUGUGAAGACAUUGCAUUCAACAUGAUGGUUUCUGGAAUGACGGGCGCCAAAAGCAUUGCCGUGAUUCCAUCCAAGCCAAUGAUCGAUUAUGGUGGAAAAAAAGGCAUCAGCACCAACAACCAUCACAUGGAAGAACGAAGAGAAUGUGCAGGUCGCUUCAUCACCGAAUAUUGGGAUGCUGUGGAUCCACUGAUCAUGUCACAUUCAGCCGUGGUGCGUCGUGUAGGACCUCAAAUACAGAAAGGAAGAUGGGAGCAUAUGCAGGCAGAUCUCCAUUCCUCUUUUGUGUAA